AUGUUACGAUCCAUCACAUUACGAUGGUUCAUCCAAAUCGUCAUAACAUUGUUGAACAUCGGGGGCCUUCUCAUCUUUCUCCGGGGCUUCUUUCCUGCCAAAACCGUUCUUCCAGGCUAUAAUGAAUUCACGACAACUGCACCAUCACCAUUCCUUCAUAACGGCAAGCCCCAAUUUGAUAAAGUCAUAGUUAUGGUUGUGGAUGCCAUGAGAUCAGAUUUCUGUUUUAGUGAAACUCAUUCCCAUUUCGAAUUCUUACAUUCAUUGAUUAAUCAAGGACAUGCAAUCCCAUUCACGGCCUAUUCUAAUCCUCCUACUGUUACAUUACCUAGAUUGAAAGGGAUUACCACUGGUGGUACUCCUAGUUUCUUGGAUGCUAUUUUGAACGUGCAUGAAGAUGAUACUUCGCAAGGCUUGAAUCAAGAUUCAUGGAUAUAUCAAUUCAAGAAGAUGAAGAAGAAGAUUAAUUUCUUUGGUGAUGAUACUUGGUUAAAACUCUUUCCUGAUUCAUUUGAUGAAUAUGAAGGCACCAAUUCGUUUUUUGUUAGUGAUUUUACUGAGGUUGAUCAGAAUGUUACUCGUCAUUUAGAUGCUCAAUUGGGAGAUGGGAAAGAGUGGGAUGGUUUGAUUUUACAUUAUUUAGGAUUAGACCAUAUCGGACACAAGGGAGGUCCUGAAUCGGUUUAUAUGAAACCAAAACAUCAAGAAAUGGAUGAAGUUUUAACCAGAUUAUAUGAAUAUGUUGAGUUGAGAAAACAAAAAGAGAAUGAAGAUAUUUUGAUUGUACUCAUGGGAGAUCAUGGAAUGAAUGAAAUCGGAAACCAUGGGGGGUCUUCAACUGGCGAAACGUCAUCCGCAAUGGUACUUAUAUCUCCAAAAGUCAACCAAGAAAAGAGAGAAGCUCCAUUACCUAAUAAUGAUGAAUAUUCUUAUUAUCAUAAAAUAAGUCAAAUUGACUUAGUACCUACAUUAUCCACACUCUUGAAUUUCCCAAUCCCAAAAAAUUCACUUGGGGUAAUAUCAAAGGAAGUAUUGGAUCUUUGGCCUCAAGAAGAUAGGAUUCGUGUCCUUAUUGAAAAUUGUAAACAAAUUAUGCAAUUAUAUGAAGCUAAAAAUGUACAAGACGAGUCUGAGAUUUGGAAUCAAUGGGUCCUGCUUCAAAAGGCUGAUCAUCCAAUUGAAGACUAUUUUGAAUUCUUAAAGGAAAUUCAACUGGAUAUGGCGUCUUCAGCUACGAAUUACCAAUAUGGUGAUAUCUUCACUGGAGUUGGAUUAUUAUUUGUGGCCACCAUAAGUAUAAUCGUAUUCUUUAAUACUUAUUUCAUGGGAAAUUCCUCAACUAGUGUUCCAUUGGUAUUGUUUUUCCAAUUAUUUGUCGUGAUUUAUUCAUUCCAUUUCCAUGGAUCUUCGUUGAUUGAAGAAGAACAUCAGAUUUGGUAUUUUUUCACAUCAAUUACAUUGCUUUACUUGGGUGUAUUCCAUUUCAGAGCAUUUUCAAGUGUUUCAAAUUUUGCUUAUUUCGUAUUGAUUUUCAUUGGUGUCAGGAUCCUCAAAUCUUGGAAUAAUAGUGGACAAAAAUAUUCAACAAACUAUAAUAUUGGGUUUUAUUUCAGUCAUACCAAUGAAGCAUUAUUAUGGUUUUUGAUUCUCGUGACAUAUGUGGCUGUGACUAUGACCACUUAUAUCCAAGGUGGAUUCCUUCCUACUUUCAGUCUUAUCCCUACGAAAGGCGGUGUGCCUGCAUUGGCUGAUGCUGGGGUUUUGAUAUCCCUCGUGUCGAUGUUUAUUGCCUCCUCGAUUUCGUUCCUGUUUAAGAUUAUGCAAUAUUAUAUUGAUGGGAAUGUUCUUCCUAAGAUGAUAAGAUGGAUGUUCUUAUAUAUAUUGGAUAGUUAUGGUAUUAGUAUCGCGAAAGAUGCGGUGAAUGAUAAUGAGUUGAAGUUUAGGUUGCAGGAAGUUAGUGUCCUGAUGUCAAAUCUUGCGAUGUAUAUCCUUUUGGCGGUUAGUGUUGCCAGGUUUGCAGUUGGGAAAUUCAGAGGAGUCAAAUAUAGAUCGAUUACUGAUUUUACGAAUUUGAUGACUAUUUAUCUUAUACAUCAUACUAGACAUGAGAAUAUCCCCAUGUUUCUUGUUUUGAUUGUUAUAAGAUUUUCACUUGCCAAAUUGAUCAAAAGAAUGAAUAAGCAAGGACUUAAUAUUGAUCAUACGAUUCUCAUUCUUAGUUUGGUCACAAUAUGUUUACAAAACUUGACUUUCUUUUCAAUGGGAAAUACAAACCUGUUGGCCACUGUUGAUUUAUCAAAUGCAUACAAUGGUGUCAAAGCAUAUUCAAUCUUCCCAGUUGGAUUACUUACUUUUAUUUCGAAUUUCUCCGGUCCGGUAUUUUGGUCAUUGUCAUCCUUACAAUUACUUUUUGAAGUCAGCAAUACAGCUUUCGAAGGUCCGUCAUUGGAAGACUUGACAUUUUUGCCAGGAUUAAGAAAAUCUGUAUUCGUGAUCAAGUCAACUACAACGUUGUUCUUUUAUUGUGUGUCCGCUACGAACUUAAUUGCCUCAUGUAUCAAUUUAAGAUUUCAUUUGUUUAUUUGGAGUGUUUUCUCUCCAAAAUUAUUAUACUUUGGAUGCUGGUCAGUAUUUGUCAACUUUUUGAUUGAUUUGGUCUUAGCUGCUAUUGUUUUAUUUAUUUUGUAA